UUCCCCGGAGCUUUCGCUUUCGAUUCCUCGUCGGGCCUGCUCUCUCCGGGCCCUUCCCGGUGCGAUCCCCGUCCCUCUGGGAUCCCCGUCCCGGUGGAUCCCGUCCCUUGGAGCAGCGGCCAUGGCCACGGGCCAAGCUGCCAGAUCCACGAGGACAAUUGUCAUUUCUGGUGUCCCUGCUGGCCUCCUGCAGGAUGAUGUCAUGGCUGACAUCCUCACCAUCCACUUCCAAAUGUCCAGGAAUAAUGGUGGGGAUGUGGAGGAGGUCACGUAUCCCACACAGAAUAAAGGAGUUGCCUACAUCACCUUCGAGGAUCAAGAAGUUGUGGAGAAGGUUCUGAAGAAGGAUCAGCAUCUCCUGCAGGACAAGAGGCUGCCCAGGCUCUUCCCCCUGAGCGUGACCCGCUGCUGCCAGCACGCCUUCCUCUGUGUCACAUCCACCCUCAGCAUGGCUGUUUUCAGAGAUCACCUGGUUCUGGAGGAGCUGGUGGGAGAGAUGAGAAAGCAGAGCCCGGGUUUGGAUUUUGGACCUUUGCAGCCUGAUGGGCGAAUUGCUGUGCGAGGCUCCUUCCCAGAACUCAGGGCACUGAGAGAAUUCCUCUUGCUCAAGGCAAAAUCCCUCUCAGGGGAGGACAAAAAAGAGGGGAAAUCCCGUCAGAGGCCGAGGAGGAAGCUGCAGGAGCACAGAGGUGCUGCAGAGAUGAAGAAUUCCACUGGGGAUGCACAGGGGGAGAAACAAAUGCUGGUUCUGGACACGGAUAUCUAUCAGUACAUGAGCUGCUUCCACCCCAGAGCUCUGCAGGCAAAGCACCUGGUGAUUUCUGCUGUCACUCAGGGGGACAUCACCACCGUGUGCAUUGAGGGGGCUGGCAGCAGAGCUGGGGCUGCCCUUGGGCUGAGGGCCAGGAAAACCAUCCAGGAUUGCUCUGUAGAGCUCCAGAGGAUUCUCAGGAAGGAGAGGAUCAGCUUUGGGGAGCACAGCAGGGCUGAGAGGCAGAGGUGCAAGCAGCUGUGUGAGAGGCUGAAGCCCCGUUUCCCUGCAGUGCUGCUCAUCCCCUGUGACACCCACCUGGAUGUUGUGGGGACUCCUGCUGAUGUUUUUGGGUUCACAGAGGAGGUGAAGAGGCUCUCCAGGUAGGAGGGAGCACUUCUGUGGUUUGUUCUUCCCACCCAGACUGUGCCUGUGGCCCUGUGACGCUGGGAUAUCACUUUUUGGGUGAUCCCCCAAAACCACCAAGUUAAGGCCAGAACAACAAACCAAUGGUCUCUGCACUUAGGGAGCAAAGAAUUUAAACUUUUCUAUCCAGAAAGAGCCACAUUUCCCUUGUGAUACCUCUCAUCCCAACUUGCUGUCGUGGAGUACAUGAUGAGAAAAGAGAUUUAUUCUUUUUUUAAGCUUGUAGGAAACACUGCAGGGAAAUUCUGUGUGAGGUUCUGUGGGGACACAGCAGACAGGAAUGGGGACCUUGAUCUGCACAGGAACCUUCUCACCCUUGAGGGGCACAGAGAAGAAACUUGGCAAAAUGCACAUGGGCAGCCUUGAGAAAACCUUGGAAAUUCAUCCCCCAAUUUGUUUUCAUAGGAGCAGUAAUGGUUUGGGAUUUUUUUCCAGCUGCAAAAGCUUCUGCAGCAUCUCUUGACAGCUCAUGAAAGUGUGUCCAGAGAUUUGACGGGAAAAUUUGGGGCCAUUCAGGCUUUGGAAUCAGAUUCUGUUUAUGCAAAUCUGUUUCUAUAUCCAUUACAAGGGCACAAAGGGUUUUUUUUAAAAAAAGCAAUUUAGAAAAUAGCUUUUAUUUUGUGAUAUCUGUGUGUUUAAAAUAAUUUGCCCAAACAUCCAGAGCACCAGCUCUUCUGUCUGAUGUGCAGGGAAAGUUUUAGGAGUUUAUACCAUUAAAGAAAGGAGUUGCCCAAAUCUCCAAAAAAUGGUGUCUGUGUUGUUUUAACCAAAUCCCAGGUUUUUGCUUGGAAGCCCAAACCUGAAGGCCAAGAGAUGCUCGAGGCAUUUUCUUGUCAAGGCUGAUUAUCCAUGGCAAUGAUGGCAGUGAGAGGUGCUGAAGCAUUUAUUAAAAAUGGCAGAGCAGCAAGCUGGUGGGUUUAAGUGCUUUGCUGCAUUGGGAGGGGGCAAUAUUUAAAUAUUUAAAGAUUUCAUCCUUCCCAAGUUCCCCCAUGCUCUGCAGGCUCUCCAAGGAGUCAGGGAUUGGAAACUCUGGAGCUGUUUGGGGUCAUCCCUGCAGAACACAAGCAGAGAUGGGAAGUUUUUCAACCUUGUCAAAGAGAAAAUCCUCUAUGAAGGAUAAUCCUUUAAUUAAAUUAGUGCUGUUUUCCAAUAUCCACACUGAGCUCAUCUUUUUUCUGAAGAGCCUCUUUUUUUUUUUUUAAUUUUUUUUCCUUUUUUUCUGAUUCAUAGCUUUGGUAUUUCCUAUUUGCUGAAGUGGCAGUGGUGGCUGUGUGAGCCCUGCCUGCUUGCUGCUGCCUCAGGGUGGAUUUUGAGUCAGUUUUGGCAUCAGCAGAGCUGGCAGCAGCACUUCAGGUGUCCUUCAGCUCUGAUUUUCUGCCAGACAACUCCUUCUUACCCAACCAGUUGUGGUCACAACCUCAAAACCUUGAAAUCCCA